AUGUUUCGAUAUUUUUUCUACAUUUAUUUUCUUGGGUUUAUAAUAUCAGUUUUAUUAGGAACAUCAAGAGGUUAUGACAAACAAGUUUUGGAUGAACAAGAAGCAGAUCGUGUAAUGGAGUUACCUGGUCAGCCACCAGUGAGUUUUAAACAGUAUGCUGGAUAUGUUACUGUCAAUGAGACCCAUGGAAGAGCACUCUUCUACUGGUUUUUUGAGGCAACUACCAACUCCAGCAAAAAGCCCCUACUUUUAUGGCUCAAUGGAGGCCCAGGAUGCUCCUCAAUUGGGUAUGGUGAAGCAGAGGAGUUAGGACCUUUCUUAACACAGAAAAAUAAGCCAGAGCUCAAGUUGAACCAUUUCACUUGGAAUAAAGCUGCAAACCUAUUGUUCUUGGAAUCCCCUGUUGGUGUUGGAUUUUCAUACACAAACACCUCCACUGAUAUCAAAGAGCUUGGAGACACUAUUACAGCCCAAGAUUCAUAUAAAUUUCUGGUCAAUUGGUUUCGAAGAUUUCCACAGUUCAAGUCACAUAAAUUCUACAUUGCUGGUGAAAGUUACGCCGGACACUAUGUUCCCCAGCUAGCAGAGCAAAUCUUUGACAACAACAAAAAGCUCAAAAAAGAGGAUCGCAUAAAUUUCAAAGGAUUCAUGAUAGGGAAUGCAUUGAUGGACGAUGAAACAGACCAAAAAGGAAUGAUAGACUAUGCUUGGGAUCAUGCAGUGAUAUCAGAUCAUUUGUACGAUUCCAUUAAAAGAGUUUGCAAUUUCAGCUUAAAACCUGUAGGUGAUGACUGCGACAAUCUUCUUAAUCAGUACUUUGCUGUUUACAAAAUCUUAGACAUGUACAACCUUUACGCCCCCAAUUGUGUUAAUAGCAACUUCAGCACGCUUCCAAACUCCUUAUCAACAAUUGAAGGAUGGCUCAAAAGACCAGCCGGAUACGAUCCUUGUCUCUCUGAUUACACAGAAACUUAUAUGAAUAGACCAGAUGUUCAAGCUGCACUUCAUGCAAAUAUCACCAAAAUUCCUUAUCCAUGGACUCAUUGCAGCAAUAAUAUCUCAUUUUGGAAUGAUGCACCAUUUUCCAUGCUCCCUACCAUCAAGAAACUAAUUGAUGGUGGUCUGCGCGUUUGGGUCUAUAGUGGAGAUACCGAUGGUAGAAUCCCAGUCACUUCUACAAGAUUAACUUUGAGAAAACUUGGAUUGAAGAUCACUGAAGAUUGGACUCCUUGGUACACUAACAAUAAACAGGUUGGUGGAUGGACAGUUGGCUAUGAUGGAUUAUAUUUUGUAACAAUAAGAGGGGCUGGUCAUCAAGUUCCAACAUUCAAGCCAAAGCAAGCUCUACAACUAGUUAGACAUUUCUUGUCCAAUAAGAAGCUGCCAUCUGCUCCGUUUUAGCAUUUUAU